GCGAAAUUUGGUGAACUUGCACCAGUUUUCUAGUUUCAACAUCUUUCGCGGGUUUCUUUAAAUAGCGUGUAUAAACAUCAACACAUCUUCGUGUCUAGCCAAGAAAAUCGUCUUUUUUAAUUAUCGCACUGUCGGCAAUUGUUUUUUUGCUAAACGUCAAUUGUCAUCAAUUGAUCCCAAUUGUGGGGAUAGAAUUCCCGGCAAAUCGAAGCGUUGUGGGACAAUCUCAGUCAAACACGUGUUUUUGAAGAAGAAUGUAAUGCUACAAUUAUUUUUAAAACUAAAUUGUUGCCAAGAGCAUAAUAUACAUUCAGUGUCUAUAGGUGCUAGGUGGCAUUAUGACAAAACAUAGAAACGGUGUGACUUCUGCUGUGGUAUGGGCAGGAAGCGAUAUUAUAGUACAAGUAUGUCCACUGGAUGAAGAACAAUUUAUCGAUGGAUUGGAUUUCAUAGAGGGCCAGGGAGAGGAUUUUGAAAGAGCGUUAGAGAGUACAGGGUUUGGAAAAUUUCAUUUUACUCUGCUCACAGUAUGUGGCCUUAUAUAUUUGAACACCGCAAUUGGAAUAACUAUUAUUUCAUUUGUCCUCCCAUCAGCGACAUGCGAUUUUCAGAUGUCUUCUUCAGACAAAGGCUGGCUUACUGCAGCCCCCAUGCUUGGUAUGGUCAUAGGAUCCUAUUUUUGGGGAUGCUUAGCUGAUACCAAAGGCAGGAAAACAGUAUUGAUAGGUGCCUUGAUUAUGGAUGGGAUUUGUGGAAUCUUAUCUAGCCUUGCGCAGGUUUAUUGGCUUUUCAUGCUCUUCAGGUUUUUUAAUGGUUUUGCGAUCACAGGAGCUAUGGGUAUUUGUUUUCCCUAUUUGGGUGAAUUUCAACCAGGGAAAUAUCGUGAAACAAUUUUGUGUUGGAUGGAAUUGUUCUGGACCCUUGGGGUUAUAUGUUUGCCAGGUAUUGCAUGGAUUAUAAUUCCUAUGGAAUUUACAUAUGAAACGGAAAAUUUCAAGUUUGCUAGUUGGAAUCUUUUCGUGGCUGUUUGCUCUUCAUUGAGUCUUUUCAUUGGCAUGUGGCUGUGCUUCUUUCCUGAAAGCCCUAAGUUUUUGUUAGAGUGUGGCGAACCAGAUGAGGCUUUGGAAGUUCUUCGACAUAUGUAUGCUGCAAAUACUGGAGAUGAUCCAGGUUCCUAUCCAGUACUGAGUUUGAGGGAGAAGGUGAGAACCAUGAGCGUUGUUUCCCAACAAUCUUCAAGAAGUAUCAGAAGUUUGAGAAUCAGGAAACCGAAGGAACUAAAAAUGUUACUCAAUGAAAUUUGGGAACAAACGAAAGCUUUAUGUAAUCCUCCACAUUUACGUUAUACCAUCAUAACAUGUCUUAUCCAGUUUUGUGUGACUACCAGUUACUACACCUUGAUGAUUUGGUUCCCUGAGUUGUUUAACCGAUUUGAAGAAUUUGAAUCGCUACAUCCAAAUGAAAGUGCUUCUGUCUGCGAAGUUUCUUCAGUUGUGCUACCAACUACGAAUGGAACUGUGAUAGAUGAGGAAUUUUGCGGUACACCGAUCAGUGAUGCAGUAUUUUUACACACGAUAAUCCUAGGAAUUGCAUGUAUUCCUACUAGUUUUUGGCUACCGCUCUGUGUUCAUCGACUUGGGACAAAAUUCUUCUUAGUGUUCAGCUUGCUUGUUGCAAGUGCCGUUACAAUGGGUCUUUACUUUGUGAAUUCAUCGAUUUCCAAUCUGGUGCUGUCCUGUAUUUUUGAAGCUUUGACCAGCCUUGGAAUAAGUACAGUUUACUGUGUAUUAGUAGAUCUAUUUCCUACAAAUUUAAGAGUUAUGGCAGCAGCACUCUCUCUCACAUGUGGUAGAGGAGGGGCUUUGAUGGGCAAUUUGCUUUUUGGAUUCUUGAUAGAUCUUAACUGUGUGGUGCCCGUAGUUCUCUUCUCCACAAUGCUUUUUGCGAGUGGACUACUCUGUCUUAUGCUACCCAACACAGGAAAAGGUGCAUUAGAGUGACCCUGUAGCUUAAUUAUUAGAGAUGGUGAAUUAAUAAAUAUAUGUGAUAAUUGUAUAGAUUACCUAUCUACUUUGGAAUAUCAUUUACUUACUCGUUUAUCUCAUUUUGGAUCAGGACUUUAAGUCAGAUCUUUAAGUAAUAUUUAUAGCUGUGUACAUUAGAUCAGUGUUUAUUUUUAUUUAUUUAUUAGUGUAUUCUAAUUUUAAGACUAUUUAUUAGUAUUUAUUUUUUUAUCUCGUGAUGAGAAGAUCAGCCCAUGAACUAUCGAAACUUUCAAUAUGAACAACAAAUAAUUAUCGAUUCCAUCAGAUUCACAUGAGAAUCGUGAUUGAAUCGAUUAUUUUUCAUUCGACAACGAUUGGAAAAUGUUGACGUCAUUUUGAAAUGUUGAGGAAUCAACAACAAAAUAGAUAUCUUCAAACCUGCAGUAUUAUAUAGGGUGAUAAUGAAAAAAUCCAGACUGUGACUUUAAUGUAUUAUUGAAGUUUUUGUUAGAAUUUUGUAGCAGUACAUUCCCCUUAAAAUAAGUUGUAUAUAUAUAUAGGAAUAAACAACAAAAUGAGUGAUUCAGCACCGACAUUUCCACAGUAUCAUUUACCGAUGUAUUUGAUGAUAAUUUAUGAACUUUCGAUGGUCCAUUGGCAAAGAUAGAACAUUAUUUUAAUUGUUGACUUGAAUCAACAUAUUUUAAACAUAUCUUUAUUGAAGUAUACAGCUGCUGUAAAAUUUGAAAUAUGGCUUAUGGAGAUUAAGUUUUUCGAUAACUAGCAUUGUUAAAGAUAUUAGAUCGAAGAGAUAAUGUUUAUGUUUCAAAAGGAUAAAUGCAAAAUGACGGAUUAGGUCUGAAAGUUAUGAAACUCACAAAUGUCAAUUGGUAGGGAAUCUGAAGAUCACUAUAAUAAAAUAGGGACCAAAGUGAUUGAAUCUUUGAGAAUUAUGUGCCUAAUUCAUUUAAUAUCCUGAAUUUGGGAAGCCAUUGAACAGUUAUUUGUUUUGUGGAGAUAAAACAAACUCAAAGCAUAUUUUUCGAGCCUCAUAUUACUUCCGAUAUUUUCUAUAUCUUAUAUAUAAUUAAUCAUCCUGAAUUUUAACUAAUGAGUAGGUAUUAUAAAGGGUAAUUUUUAUUAAAAUUAUUCCUUCGAGACUAGUAGAAUUGUUAUUUUUUUUCUUUGAAGCACAAGUAUGUGGUUACUACAUUGAAUGUUGAAUAAAAAGUUUAAAUUUUAA